CCAUCAUUGCUGUCCCGGAGCGGCCCGAGCAUGGAAGCCAUCGCCAAAUACGAUUUCAAAGCCACCGCAGACGAUGAGCUCAGCUUCAAGCGGGGGGAUAUCCUAAAGGUUUUGAAUGAAGAAUGUGAUCAAAAUUGGUACAAGGCAGAACUCAAUGGCAAAGAUGGCUUUAUUCCCAAAAACUAUAUUGAAAUGAAACCACAUCCGUGGUUUUUUGGGAAGAUUCCCCGAGCAAAGGCAGAGGAGAUGUUGGGCAAACAGAGACACGACGGUGCCUUCCUCAUCCGGGAGAGUGAGAGCGCUCCUGGGGACUUCUCCCUUUCUGUCAAAUUUGGCAACGAUGUGCAACACUUCAAGGUGCUUCGAGACGGGGCUGGCAAGUAUUUCCUCUGGGUGGUAAAGUUCAAUUCUCUGAAUGAGUUAGUAGACUAUCACAGAUCAACCUCUGUCUCCAGGAAUCAGCAGAUAUUCCUCCGGGACAUUGAGCAGGUGCCUCAGCAACCCACAUAUGUCCAGGCUCUUUUUGAUUUUGACCCUCAAGAGGAAGGUGAGCUGGGCUUCCGCCGUGGAGACUUUAUCCAGGUCCUUGACAAUUCUGACCCCAACUGGUGGAAGGGAGCCUGCCAUGGACAAACAGGCAUGUUUCCACGCAACUACGUGACCCCGGUGAACCAGAACAUCUAGAGCAGAUUAUUAAAGAUUAUUUAAGGAACGAGAGAAACAAUAAAGCACCCAUUCAGAGUCUAACUGCAACCAGUGAUCUCCAGUCGUCAGGCCAUAAAAUCUGAGUCACCUCUCUGGCACCAGGGGGGGAACACUUUUUUUUACUCAGUAUGGAACUUUGUGGGGAGGGGGCAAGAGAAGGGUCCAAUGUAUGCGCCAAAACUUACCUUUUAAAUUAAAUAGAUAUUAACAGGUUUCUUCGUUGCUCCUGGAUUGGCCCCUUUUGUUCACUCUUCCUUUCUCUCCCAACACUGACACACCAGUUCAUCAGUGCAUGAAGUUUUAACGCUAUAUGAAGUCUGUUCUGUGCCAUUCAAGGAAGAGG